CAAAUCUCUCUCUUUUUUUGAAAUAUAUAUAUAUUAUUUAUGUGAUAUUUAUAUACAGAGAGACUGAGGUAUAUAGAUAGUGGAGCUCAGAAGACGAAACGGGGUGAUUGGGAAUCAGUACAUGGAAAAGUUGUAAUAAUGGUAUCCAAGAUCAGAGCGUAAUAGCUAGUUAGGGUUUUGCAGUCUUCUUCUCCACACAUAUUUUCGUGUGGUGGUGUGGUUUGGUUUGGAUAAUCACUGUUGCUUUUUUGUUUCUCUGAAAUUGAAAAAGAGAAAGCGAUAAUUUCAGUGUGGGGGAAGAUUUUGGUUGCUUUUUUAUUUUAAUCUGAUUGAUUCCGUUAGUUGCGAGAUCUUGGACUAGUCUUCGCUUUUUCUGUUUUCGCUUUCCUCUCUCCGACUGGAGCUAGAUGGCGAAAGGGAACACGUCUGAUGGUCGGACGAGGAGCUCCAUACAAAUUUUUAUUGUAGCUGGUUUGUGCUGUUUCUUUUACAUAUUGGGUGCAUGGCAGAGGAGUGGUUUUGGUAAGGGUGAUAGUAUUGCUCUUGAAAUUACUAAGAGUGGAGCAGAAUGCAGUGUGGUUCAAAAUUUAAGUUUUGAUACUCAUCAUGGUGGUGAUGCUGGAAGUAUUGCUGAGUCCGAAUUGAAAACUAAGGUUUUCGAACCAUGUAAUCCCCGUUACACAGAUUACACACCUUGCCAAGAUCAAAAGCGUGCCAUGACCUUCCCGAGAAACAAUAUGAUCUACAGAGAGAGACACUGUCCUCCAGAGGAAGAAAAGUUACAUUGCUUGAUUCCAGCACCUAAGGGAUACGUAACUCCAUUCCCCUGGCCAAAGAGUCGUGAUUUUGUCCCCUAUGCCAAUGCACCCUAUAAGAGUUUGACCGUUGAGAAGGCUAUUCAGAACUGGAUUCAAUACGAAGGGAAUGUUUUUCGCUUUCCUGGAGGGGGCACUCAGUUUCCUCAAGGAGCUGACAAAUAUAUUGAUCAGCUUGCGUCUGUGAUACCAAUUAAGAAUGGUACAGUUAGGACUGCCUUGGACACUGGUUGCGGGGUUGCUAGUUUGGGUGCAUAUCUCUGGAGUAGAAACGUUAUUGCAAUGUCUUUUGCCCCAAGAGAUUCACAUGAAGCACAGGUCCAAUUCGCUCUUGAAAGGGGUGUACCGGCUGUAAUUGGUGUUUUCGGUACUAUAAAGCUGCCGUUUCCAUCCAGAGCCUUUGACAUGGCACAUUGUUCUCGGUGCUUGAUUCCAUGGGGAGCAAAUGGUGGAAUUUAUCUGAUGGAAGUUGACAGAGUUCUUAGACCUGGAGGAUAUUGGGUGCUUUCUGGUCCUCCCAUUAACUGGAAAGCAAAUUAUAGAUCAUGGCUGCGUCCCAGGGAAGAACUUGAGCAGGAACAGAGAAACAUUGAAGAAACUGCAAAGCUUCUCUGCUGGGAAAAGAAGUACGAGAAGGGUGAAAUUGCUGUUUGGCAAAAGAGGGUGAAUGCUGAAUCAUGCAGAAGCAGAAAGGCUACCUUCUGCAACUCUGCUGAUCCAGAUGAUGCCUGGUAUAAGACAAUGGAGGUAUGUGUAACAAAAUAUCCAGAUGUUGACAGUCCAGAUGAAGUUGCUGGUGGGGUACUGAAGCCCUUCCCUGCAAGACUUCAUUCUGUUCCACCUAGAAUUUCUAGUGGAUCUGUUCCUGGUGUUUCCAUUGAGGUAUACGAGGAGGACAACAAAACAUGGAGGAAGCAUGUGAAUGCUUAUAAGAAAAUCAACAGACUACUUGACACAGGAAGGUACCGCAAUAUAAUGGAUAUGAAUGCUGGUUUGGGAAGUUUUGCUGCAGCCAUUCACUCUCCAAAGUUAUGGGUUAUGAAUGUGAUGCCUACCAUAGCUGAGAAAAACACACUGAGUGUUGUAUUUGAACGAGGGUUGAUUGGCAUCUAUCAUGACUGGUGCGAAGCUUUCUCCACAUACCCAAGGACAUAUGACCUCAUCCAUGCCAAUGGUGUUUUCAGUCUGUACAAGGACAAAUGCAAUGCAGAGGACAUUCUUCUGGAGAUGGACAGGAUUUUGCGGCCAGAAGGUGCGGUAAUUUUCCGGGAUGAAGUCGAUACCCUAAUUAAAGUGAAAAAGAUAGUUGGAGGGAUGAGGUGGGAUACUAAAAUGGUUGACCAUGAAGAUGGACCCCUUGUUCCUCAGAAGAUUUUGGUUGCUGUCAAGCAGUAUUGGGUUAUAGAUGGAAACUCCACCUCCACGCAAUGAAAUGCAGAUUAAGGAAAAGCCUUGGCACAAGCAAAUUCUCUUCAUCUCAAGUGUGACACACUUUGGCUAUUUCCCCGGAGCAUUUUUGCUCGACGAGAAUGUUAACAAGAGAUGAGCACAAGCCAUACGAUUCAUGUACGCGCACCACUAGUAUCAUUGCCUAUUUAUUUAUGCUAGCUUCUUAAUAGACUUAACUACAAAGUUAAUGUGUAAGAUUUAUGGUAUUAGUUCAUUUUUUAUAUGGGUAAAAUAUUAAUCGCACGGUCCCUUAAAAUUUAA